AUGAAUACUGCAACAGUAGAAUUUCUUCUUACACAUGGAGGUGAUAUUAACGGAAAAGACAAAAGUAAAAAAACAGCUCUUCAUUUGGCGGCAGAGAAAGAUUGUUCAGAAACUGUAAAGCUUCUUAUUUCAUUCCAUGCAGUUAUCAAUGCAAAAGAUGAAUCCGGAAAAACUGCUAUUCACUUAGCAGCAGAAAAUAAUUGUAAAGAAACAGCAAACCUUCUUAUUUUGCACCAUGUAGAUAUCAAUGCAAAAGAUAAAUUCGGAAAAACUGCUCUUCAUUAUGCAGUCCAAAACAAUAGAAAAAAGAUGAUAAAAUUCCUUAUUUCUAAUGGUGCAGAUACUAAUGCUAAAGAUAAUAAUGGAAAAAUCGCAUACCAUGAUUAUGAAAGUUCAUAA